AUGUCUCCUAACGUAGCCGAAAGCAACGGUCCUCCAUCAGACUCUCGCAAUCCGGUAGUGAAAUUCGAGCAUCCAAACUGCCAGCUCUGCACUUCGAAAAACUUGCCUUAUCUUUUCUCCAAAAUCCGACAUGUGGAAACAGUGCCCAAGGACUUCGAAUUCUAUUCUCUCCGACUCAUGAAGCUGAUCGCUGAAGACGCACUCGCUCUCAUGGCCGAUAAAGAAGUCGACAUUCCCACACCAUGCGGUACGUGGCGAGGCGUUGCUGCCGAUCCCGAGAACGAGGCGUUCGCAGUUUCCAUCGUCCGAGCAGGAGACUCCAUGCUUCAGGCAGUGCGAGAGCUCGUUCCAGGAAUUCCAGUGGCGAAGAUCCUCAUCCAGCGCGACGAAACGACGAAGGAGAAAACACCCAUUCUCUACUACAAAAAGUGGCCCAAAAACGUCGCUAACAAGACCGCUCUGAUAUGCGAUCCAAUGCUCGCUACUGGCGGCUCAGUUAUUAUGGCUAUCAAAAGUCUGCUGGAAAUCGGCAUUCCUGAGGAGAAGAUGAUCUUCGUAAACGUAAUCAGCUGCCCUGAAGGACUUAACCGGUUGGGUCGUGAAUAUCCGAACGUGAAAGUUGUCACCGGAAUGGUGGACCCGAUGCUCAACUCCGACAGAUUCAUCGUACCCGGCCUUGGAGACUACGGUGAUCGGUUUUUCGGCACCGUCGAAUGA